GUUUCGACCCGGAAAGUUUAGGCAGACGUCCCAGGCUCCAGACUUCCGGUUCCGGUUUUGGGGCCUUCACUAUGGAAGAACCAGAGAUGCAGCUGAAGGGAAAGAAAGUCACAGACAAGUUCACUGAGAGUGUCUAUGUCCUGGCCAACGAGCCGUCAGUGGCCCUGUACCGGCUACAGGAACAUGUGCGCCGCUCACUGCCGGAGCUGGCCCAGCACAAGGCUGACAUGCAGAGGUGGGAGGAGCAGAGCCAAGGUGCCAUAUACACCGUGGAGUAUGCCUGCAGUGCUGUGAAGAGCCUAGUGGACAGCAGUGUGUAUUUCCGUAGUGUGGAAGGCCUGCUCAAACAGGCCAUCAGUAUCCGGGACCACAUGAACACCAGUGCUCAGGGCCACAGCCAGGAGAAACCAUCCCCUCCUUCUGUGGCCUGACCCUGACCACAGAAGACGCUCAGGGCCACCGGCUUCCCCAUCCAGGCAGAGCCCUGCCUCCUCUGCCCCCGACCACUCAGCUGCUGUGGGACCCUGAGGCUGCACCCUCCCUUCUCUGGUCUUCAGCUUUUUCUUCAUGUAAACAUGGCUCAUCCAGCUGAGGCCGCGUGGUCCGUGACGGCUGUCCAUUGUGACAGCCGUGUCCGUGCGGGAGAGAAUCACCCACACCCUAGCAUCUUCAGGACUAUAAACUGACCAGCCCGGAGGCUGCUUCAGGCUGCACACAGCUGGGGCUUCCUCUGGCCUUUGCCUGUUGCUGUGUUGGGGUGGGGGUCUAGGGUCCCCUCACCACUUCAAGCAGAGGGGCUGAUCCCUAUGGGCCCCAUUGGUGCUGACCAUCCUCUGCUGCAGAGGCCCAGGGGUUGUGAGGAGACUGACUUGCAGCCCAAAGCCCAGAGGCAGCAGAGUGCUCCUCCUAGACAGGAGUCAGAGCGCUUAUGGGGUGACAGGUCAUCGAGCACGACUUGAGCAGCUCCCUUGUACAGUAAGCAUUUCUCAAGCUGCUUGGGUAGUAAGAACUUCCUGGGCACCAGUCAGUGGGCAUUCACUGAGUGCCUCAGCCUGCCAGGUUUCUGGGCACUCACCGGCUGUCACCACCACCACCACCACAGGAGAUGGGCUGUUCUUCACUUGAGAAUCCCAUGGGGCAUCUGGGAGGACCCAAAGCUAGAAGGGCUCCCAGGUGUGUGCACUGUGAUCCUGUCAGCCCUGGUGCAUCCUGCCCAUACCCAGCCCACACCUGGGCACCACUUCAUCAUGUGUCUCCUGGUCUGUUUACCUCGUGGCAUCCUGGGCUCCUCCUGAUCCCAGUUUGAUCUCUACAGAGUUCUUCACCUUCCUGAGAUUGCCACCCCUCUGUCCCCCAAAGGCACUCUCCUCCGGUCACUUCACGGGGUCAGAUACACACUGCCUGUCUAAAUCCAUGGCCCUCAACACAGUCUCAUCUUAUACAGGAGGAAAGUGGUUUAGUGGUGAGGCAACUGCUCCAGGUACUGCCCGCCUGCCCCGCCUGCCCCGCCUGCCCCGCCUGCAGGCCCCAGGAUCCACACCCUGGCCUUCUGACCCUUUGCCCCCUCCCCCUGCUCCUCUCCCCUUGUCCCCCUCCCAGUCCCUGCAGAAGCAGGCUCUUGGACACCACACUGAGAACGCAGCAGGAACUGAACACCUAGCAAGGUGGCCAGUGUCUGGUGCCUCCUGGCUUAGCCCUAAUUGCCAUGAACCAGGGUCACUGUUCCAGUAGCACCUCUGGGGCAAUCUUGGUACAUAUACAUUGAAUGUCCAGAAGUUGUUCUUCCAUGCUGGGGUCACAUGACCUAUAUCAUGUCACAUAGCUCAAGACCAGACCCUGACCCUGCCUCUGAUAUGUGUGGUGCAGGGCUGGGUGCUGGCUUCUCUGAGACUGAGGUGAGCACAUCUCCCUGUCUGACCUCUCAGGAGACACUGGAUAACUGUCUCCUACCCUGGCUUGGCCACCAGCUCCCAUCUCCUGGGUCAUGAUGGGGCAGGGCGCAUGUCUGGCCUACAACUGGGCCCUGGGUUCCAUCCCCAGAAAUACACACACACCAAACAAACUAACAAAAAACUCCACAAACUCCAACCAGAUAAAUUGCCAAAGUUGGAACAGUUGGAGCAAGAGCCCUGUGUCACAGCUCUGCCUAAGACUGCAGGUGAGCCAUGCACAGCGGGGCCAGCAGACCCAGCUGUGCCAGCCAGACAUGGAGGGGCUGGGGGGAUGGCUCGGUCAGCUACGCACUUGCCUCACAACUGUGAGGACCUGAGUUCAGCCACCAGAACCCACAUUAAAAAAGCCAGGCAUGCCAGGAAGGGGUGGUGCACGCCUUUAAUCCCAGCACUCAGGAGGCGGAGGCAAGUGGGUCUCUGUGAGUUCGAGGACAGCUGGGGCUACACAGAGAAACCUUGUCUCAAAAAACAAAAACAAACAAACAAAAGGCCAGGAAUGUGGCCAAAGCUUGUAACCCCAACACCCACACAAGUAUGCCUUCAUAGAUACAUGCAUGUAAAUCGAUAGUAAAUGUAAAAAGUACCUCCAGGAUUCAGCCACUGAAACAACUGGGUGCUCUGAACUUUAGGGGUCAGGCCUGGGCACCUAGUGCGCUUCCAGGGCUCCUUAACACCCCCAGCCCCUGGGUGCCCCCUCAUCUGGCAGCUGGCACCUUUCAGAGGUUCCAGAGUAGGACUCGGGUCUCUCCCCCACCUCAGCACCUGUUGCCCAGGCCUCUCCAGCCAUGGUUAAUAAUUUACAUCUCAUUUGCAUCCCUCCCACCCCCAGCUGAGCAUUGAUCUUGGUGCACAGUCCUGCCCCACACAAACCCAGCAGAGGCUCCUGGUCCUUUGAGAGUGAACUGAGCCUCCAAGGGACCAGGGCACUCAGCAAGCCUUAUAUCUGUCCCCACACUGCUCCAACCAAAGCUCACAGCCUCCCCUCUCCACCUCACUCGGUAACUUGGAGACAGGCAGUGACCUUCCUGUGCCAUGGGACAAGCAAGACGGAACCUAGCAGCCACCUGACUAGGAAUAACCUGCAAGGGGUCUGACCUUGAGUGAAGAAUAGGCUCCUCCAGACCUGUCAGGGCUGGAAGGGAACCCACGGUGGCCUGUGCUUAUGACUUUUGAAACUUUUCUUUUGCAUGUAUUUUAUUGGGGGGCACAUUAGUAUCAUGGCACAUAUGUGGAGGAGGUCAGAGGACAACUUGGGGUGUCUUCCCACUAUGAGGACCAAACUCAGGUCAUCUGGUUUGGCAGCUAGCACCUUUUCCACUGAGCAUCUCACAGUUCCUGAAUUGAUUUCCUUUUAGACACGGCUCUUGCUAUGUAACAGGCCGGCCAUGAGCUUCAGACCCUGUGCCUCAGCUCUUCCGUGCUGAGGUCACAGCCCAGCACCACCAGGCCCAGCGUCGCUAGCUUUUUAAUAAACAUUUCAUUGUAAAGUACAAAUAAAACUUACUGUGUUUUUUAGAGAUUUA